AUGUUUCUGAUUUUGUUUUCCAAUUUCUUUCUUUCUUUUUUUUCUUUCUAUUCUUUUCUUAUUUUCUUUCUUUUUCUUUAUUCUUUUCUUUCCUUUUUUCUUCUUUUUCUUUUCUUUCUUUCUUUCUUUCUUUCUUUCUUUUCUUCUUUUUUCUUUCUAUUCUUUUCUUUUGCUUUCUUUUCUUCUUUUUCUUUUCUUUUUCUUUCUUUCUUUUCUUUUUCUUUUCUUUUCCUUCUUUUCAUUCUAUUCUUUUCUUCUUUUUUCAUUUCUUUUCUUCUUUUUUAUUUCUUUUCUUCUUGUUUCCUUUUUCUUCUUUUUUCUUUUCUUUCUUUUCUUUUCUUUUCUCUUUUCUCUUCAUUUUCUUUUCUUUCUUUUCUUCUUUUUCUUUCUAUUCUUUUCUUUCUUUUUCUUUUCUUCUUUUUUCUUUCUUUUCUUCUUUUUCUUUUCUUUUCUCUUUCUUUCUUUUCUUUUCCUUCUUUUCCUUCUAUUCUUUUCUUCUUUUCGUUCUCUUUUUCUUUUCUUUUCUCCUUUUUUCUUUUCUUUCUUUUCUUCUUUUCUUUCUUUUCUUCUUUUCAUUCUUUUCUUUCUUUUCUUCUUUUUUAUUUCUAUUCUUUUCUUCUUUUCUUUCGUUUGUUUUCUUUCUUUUCUUCUUUUUUCUUUCUUUUCUUCUUUUUUCUUUCUUUUCUUCUUUUUUCUUUCUUUUCUUACUCUUCUCUUCUGUCUUUUCUUCUCUCAUUCAGGUACAAGGCCAUAUUAGUGGCGCAUUCUCUCAAUGUCGAUCUCACUAAACUACGACAAACUCGAACUAGAACAGCUGAUCUCUCAUAUAGAAGCAAGUGGAAUUUCUUUCUUUGUAAUUUGACACAAGGCUUUUUCCUGUUCCAUUUGCUUUUUCUUCUUCUUCUUCUUUUAUAUCUUUCUUCUUCUUCCAUAUCUUCCUCUGCCUUCUUUCCUUCCUUUCUUCUUCUUCUUUUUCCACAUCACCCUCUUCGUUCUUUUGAAUCUUCUUCUAUAGACCUCGUCAACUACUUCUUCUUCUUUAUCCCCAUAUUCAUCCCUCGUCUUUCUUGUUCCACUCUUCCUUCUCCUUCUCCUCAUUCUUCUUCUUCUUCUUCUUCUUCUUCUUCUUCUUCUUUUUCUUCUUCUUCUUCUUCUUUCUCCUCUCCUUCUUCUUCUUCUUCAUCAUCAUCAUCAAACACUUCCGUUUCCUCUUCUGUCUUCCAUAUCUUUUUCUUCCUCAUUUGCUUCCUUUUUCUCCUUUUUCCUCUUUCCUUUCUUUCUCUCCCAAUCUUUUUCUUCCAUAUCCAUAUCUUCUUCUUCUUCUUCUUCUUCUUCUUCUUCUUCUUCUGCUAUUGCUUUUUCAUCUUUUUCUUCUUUUUCAACGUCUUUUUCUUCUUUUUAUUAUAA